AUGAGUCAUUUGGCACCAUACCGCCUAAAUGUACCAAAUUUGUCUAAUGAAUUGUCCAGUAGUGUAUCAAAUCCGAAGAAACGAAGAAAAAAUGUACAAACACCAAUACAGACCCCCCCGAAUGUACAGGACUUGUUACCACCUCCUUUGUCAGGAUAUGGAGAUACAAUAGUUGCAUCAAAUCCUUUUGAUGAUUGCCCAAAUACUGUUCACUCAAUGAAUAGUGUACGCAGUGGCCCUCCUAUGGGAGUGGGGCCAGGAAUGAAUAUGGGGCUGCAUAUGACAAUGUGUCGGCCAAUUGGUUCUCAGAUGAAUAUAAAUAGUUCUUCCAUGAUGCAUAGUCCUAAUACCCAUCAAAAUUCGCCUAUGAUAAGUAAUAUGAUGAUGAAUGGUCCUAGAAUGAAUAGUUCAAUUGGAAAUCAAAUGGGAUCCCACAUGAUGAACACUUCAAAUGGUCCUAUACAUCCAAUAGCAGGUCCCAUGCAUAGCCCUAUGGGAUCAGGUAUGCCCACAUCCAUGUCAGGGGUUGGUAAUGGCCCCAUGAAUGUUUCUGUAGGUAGUCCCAUGGCAGGACCAGGUUCCAUGAAUGGACCAAUGAGCAAUGGACCAAUGAAUGGCCCCAUGCAUGGAGGUAUGAAUGGGCCUAUGUCAGGAAACAUGAACAUGAAUGUAUCAAAUGGUCCCAUAGGUCCUCCAAUGAAUAACAAUUUCAUGAUGUCUCCAAUGAGUAAUAUGUAUCCAAAACCAAUGCCUCCCAGUGCUGGUAAAGUGUAUCCAGCUGACCAGCCAAUGGUAUUCAAUUCCCAGAAUCCCAAUGCCCCUCCAAUCUAUCCUUGUGGUGUAUGUCAUAAAGAAGUUCAUGACAACGAUCAAGCUAUACUUUGUGAAAGUGGAUGUAACUUUUGGUUUCACAGAGGUUGUACAGGACUAACAGAAGCAGCGUUUCAGCUGUUGACAGCAGAAGUGUAUGCUGAGUGGGUAUGCGAUAAGUGCUUAUCAUCAAAAAAUAUACCCCUCGUUAAAUUUAAACCCUAGUAGAGCUAUAUCUUCAGCUGCCACUUAUAAAUUAAUUAUAAAUAAAAGGAAGACUGAAAUGAAAGCAAAGGAAAUAUGAUAUACGUUGACAAUUGUCUACAAUUGGAGCCAAAAAAGACAAAAAUGUUGCUUUUGGGCAAAUGAGGUGCCACUUAAGGAAAAGAUUGUCAUUAAUGAAUUCUUAAGUAUCAGUAGAUAUUUACUUUAAAAAUACUUAAAUAAAACUUAAUUUUUGGCCAGCUUUGGGCCCCCACUUAAUUUAUUAAUGUACUUUUAAGGCUUUUGCUACACUCUGCAAUCUGAUCUUAAUGCAAACUUUUAAUUUAGUUUUUAUUUCUAUUCAAAUAAACGUGCUACUUAUUGACACCAAUUUUGCAGAGUGCUCUUAAAAAAACUGUAUUCAGGGCGAUUCAAGAAAGUCCAAUGAGUUGUAAUAUUUUUUUUUUUGUUAUUUAAGAUCUGUUUUGUCAUCUGCUGGACCAGAGGUUUGAUAUUUUUAGUUAAAAAUAAAUGUAAAGCAGAUGAGCCUUGUAUAAAAAAAAUUACGUGAAGGGUGUAUUUAUAAAUCAGUUAAUUUAUGUACUUAUCAGAUUACAUUAAAUAAUUUUAUAUGGAGUUCUUAUGAUGUUAAUUUUUUUAAUAAUGUUGUCUUUUAUGUACAUUUUUUAAUAAGGUAACUUAUAAAUAUAUGGUUAAAUACUGGCCUAAAUGUAAAA